CAUUCAUUCAUUCUCUCUCAAAACAAAAGCUAGGGUUUCUCUAUCCACUGUUCUUCUUCAACAACCGAGAAUCGAAUCGAUCAUCCAAUCUUAGCCGUCCAAUAAUGACGGGGAAGGCGAAGCCGAAGAAGCACACGGCCAAGGAGAUCGCGGCGAAGGUCGAUGCGGCGAUGACGAACAGGGGCGGAGGCAAGGCCGGGCUCGCUGACCGGUCCGGGGUGGAGAAGGGCGGCCACUCCAAGCUGGAAUGCCCUCUCUGCAAGGUUACUGCUCCUGAUAUCAAGUCUAUGCAGAUCCAUCACGAUGCGAAGCACCCUAAGAUCCCAUUCGAUGAGUCCAAGCUCAGCAAUCUCCACUCCUCCGUUGCCCCUGAGCCGAGCAAGACUAAACCCGGUGUUAGGGGAAGCCUCAAGAAGUGAACUUUUAGAUUGUAUGGCUAUAAUCUUGUGUUCUUCUGGAGAUUUGAGUAUCCUUGUUGUAUUUUUUUGGGUUUUACUAUUUGGUGGUGUUUUUGGUUCCGAGUUUGGUGGAUGAUGAUGAUAUUCUUGGAAUCUUUGAUGUUACAUAUGUUUGGCAUGGAAAUAAGUAAUCAGAAGACUUUAAGGA